GAAGACAAGGACCCAACUCCUAACAGAAAACUACCUACCACCGCUCUCUCUCUCCCUCUCCCUCUCCCUCUCCCUCUCCCUCUUUGUGCUAUGUGAAAAGGGCGAAAGCAGAGGAGAGGAGGGGUCAUCUACCAAAUGGAACUCGUGAAGAACAACUCCAUCACGUUUUCCUUCUGACCUUCUUCUUCUUCUCUUCCUACUCGUCUACGACGUCUAGCCCCCACCAUCAUCACCACCACACGCAAACUACUGAAACCCAAAAUACACGGUAUCCCGGCAAAAUAGCGGCUCCUCGAUUCUAGGGUUUCCUCCCUUUUUUCCUCUCUGAUUCUUCUUUAUCCUUCUUACCCGCGACCCCGGUCUAUUUUCCGGCGUUUCUUGGCCUCAGUUUUUCUGGUUUUGUCAACUGGAACAAUGUCAAGUUUGGAGGAGCCACUUGGUCUUGACAAGUUGCCAAGCUUGAGCACUAUUGACAGGCAGAGGUUCUCCUCUAGUGCUUGCAGUCCCAGCAUGGAGGACAUGGGAAUGGGAAGCUGUUGGAUUGAAGGGAGGAAUUGCAGGUCAUCCAACAACUGCGAUGAAGAUUAUGAAAAUCAUAAAAGAGAGCGAUUCACAUGGAGAAGACAAAGAAAAGACGAGCCCCAUAGUAACUCCUUCAAUCAAAGGAUUCUUAGCUUAGGCAGGAAUCACAGUGUGUAUGGAAGUGCUAGUGAGUGUCAGUACUUGCCAGAUCAUCACUAUAGCUCCCCGUGCAAUGAUAGAAACAUAAGAAGCAUUACCAACAAGUUUUUAAGAGGUAUACCAAAGUUUGUGAAGAUAGUGGAAGUUGGUCCAAGGGAUGGAUUACAGAAUGAGAAGAAUAUAGUACCCACUGCUGUAAAGGUUGAAUUGAUUCAUAGACUAGUACAUUCUGGAUUGCUUGUUGUUGAGGCUACAAGUUUUGUCUCUCCAAAAUGGGUUCCUCAGUUAGCGGAUGCAAAGGAUGUAAUGGAAGCAGUUCAAAAUGUAAAGGGUGCUAGAUUGCCAGUCCUGACACCUAAUUUAAAAGGCUUUGAAGCGGCUAUUGCAGCUGGUGCUAAGGAAGUAGCGAUCUUUGCAUCUGCUUCUGAGUCCUUCUCAAAGUCAAACAUUAAUUGUGGCAUUGAAGAGAGUCUGAGGCGUUACCGUUCUGUUGCUCUGGCUGCUAAGAAGCUUUCAAUCCCUGUUCGUGGGUAUGUAUCAUGUGUUGUUGGAUGCCCUGUGGAAGGCGCAAUUCCUCCUUCAAAAGUUGCAUAUGUGGCAAAAGAACUUUAUGAAAUGGGUUGCUUUGAAAUCUCUCUUGGUGAUACAAUUGGGAUUGCUACGCCAGGUGCUGUUAUUCCAAUGCUGGAGGCUGUAAUGGCUUUUGUUCCUGUUGAGAAUAUUGCUGUCCAUUUUCAUGACACUUACGGGCAGUCCCUUCCCAACAUUUUAGUAUCCCUGCAAAUGGGGAUCAGCAUAGUUGAUUCAUCUAUUGCGGGACUGGGAGGGUGUCCAUAUGCCAAGGGAGCUUCAGGGAAUGUUGCCACCGAAGAUGUUCUAUACAUGCUCAAUGGGCUCGGUGUGAAGACAAACGUUGAUCUGGAAAAGCUCAUGCUGGCCGGGGAGUUCAUCAGCGAGCAUCUGGGCCGCCCAUCUGGUUCCAAGACUGCCGUUGCCUUGAGCCGUGUCACAGCUGAAUGCUGAUACCUCUACAAUGAAAGAAAAUGAGUGUGGAUUAUUCUUAUAGCCUGUAAGCUCUAUACAUGGGGAAAAGAAAGAAUGCAGGUAGAAGAGGAGGAACAGAAAUCUCUUUGGUUCUGACGUAUGGCAUUUUUCUUCUCUUGGCUGCGCUGCCCUGCAUUAUAUAUAAAGAGUUAAAAUAAAGGAAGAGCCUAGAAGUAAAGAUUAUUAUAGUACUAAAUUGACUUUGUAAUUAUGGCCAUGGGUCACAUGAUCCAAAUCUUGAUUUAGAAAAAGAAAAAAAAGAAAAGAAAAAAUAUAUCAUAUUUGAUUACAAAA